CAAAAAAUCAUCACGUUUACUAUGCAUUAUUUUUCUACCUUCUUCAAGAAAAAACCAACCUUUUACACCAUUCAUCGAUCUCUCGCCUCUCAAUACCAUGAACCCCACCACAACGUUCGUUUGAUCACUACAAAUUCCAACAACAAAUCAUCAUCCAUAUCAUCAUAUUCAUCUUCACCGAAAUUGAAUGUUGAAUGGAGGUGCAACUAUGAUCGUUACAAAAGUGUUGAAUCAUUGACAUCUAGUAUUGUUGUAGUUGGAUUGAGCCUCGGGCUUUGUUACUUAACUUCUGGUGUCUCAACCGAAUUCACAAUUUGUGUAUGCGGAUUCAUCGCAUCAAGAUCAGUCUGCAAAAUUUGAUGACAAACCCAUGUAUAUUUUUGGAGAUGCUUAUCGCCGGAAAAGUUUUCUUCAAGUACGAAAAACGAAUAAGAACACAAAGUCCACCGGAAAAGGUGUUCGAGUACUUCGCAUCUCACCAAUCGCCUAAUGGCGAAUCAUUUAUGACGCCGGCGGACUUGAUGAGGGCGGUGGUGCCGGUGUUCACUCCUUCUGAAGCUUCCCGUGUUCGCGAGGGAAGCUUGAAAGGCGAGCAAGCACCUAGUGAGUUACAAUGUUCUCCUUCAAAGUUCUUCAUGCUUUUCGAUACUAAUAACGAUGGACUUAUCUCAUUCGCAGAGUAUAUAUUUUUCGUUACGCUUCUAAGCAUCCCUGAAUCGAGCUUCUCCAUAGCUUUUAAGAUGUUCGAUCUCGAUAACAACGGAGAGAUCGACAAGGAGGAAUUCAAAAAAGUAAUGGCAUUGAUGCGAUCUCAACACCGACAAGGGUCACGCCACCGCGACGGAUUGCGUACCGGACUAAAAGUUUCAACGCCGGUGGAGAACGGCGGCCUUCUCGAGUAUUUCUUCGGGAAAAACGGGAAAUCGUGCCUCGCUCACGGGAAAUUCGUUCAGUUUUUGAAAGAUUUGCACAACGAGAUUUUGUCGCUUGAAUUUGCUCAUUACGACUAUAAAUCAAGAGGGACGAUAUCUGCUAAGGAUUUUGCGUUAUCAAUGGUGGCAUCUGCCGAUAUGAACCACAUCAACAAGUUUCUCGAUCGAGUUGACCAGUUGAACGAAGAGCCAGAUCUCAAGAACAUACGAAUUACAUUUGAAGAUUUCAAGAAGUUUGCAGAAUUGCGAAAACAAUUGAGACCUUUGUCUCUUGCCAUUUUUAGUUAUGGAAAAGUGAACGGGCUUCUUACAAAGAAGGAUUUCCAAAGAGCAACCGAACAGGUUUGUGGGAUUACUUUGAGCAAUAAUGUGAUUGAUAUGAUAUAUUACAUAUUUGAUUUGAAUCGAGAUGGGAACUUAAGCUCAGAUGAGUUUUUGCGAGUCCUGCAAAGGCGAGAGGACAACUUGCAACCGAAGGAGGCAGGGUUUAUAGGUUUAAUAUCAUGUUGGUUGCAAUGUAGCUCGAAUUGUUCUACAACAAAUUUAUUCUCUAGUUUUCUUUCAAAUUAAAAAUGUAGAGGGAAUCACAAAUUCACAAUUUAAGUGUAUGUACAUAAAUUGUGAUGUGUAGAUAAGUUUUGUAAGCAUG